UCGUCAAGCACCGGGUUAUAACGACCACGAGCCACAAAUCAAGCCCUCCAAAAUAACCCAAAUGAGCUCUUACUUUGUAAACUCGUUCUCAGGGCGCUAUCCAAAUGGCCCCGACUAUCAGUUGCUAAAUUAUGGGACCAGCAGUUCUAUGAACGGUUCGUACAGAGAUUCAAGCACCAUGCAUUCCAGCUCUUAUGGCUACAACUACAAUGGGAUGGACCUUAGCAUCAACCGCUCAACCUCCUCUAGCCACUUUGGGGCUGUGGGAGAAAGCUCCCGCAGCUUCCCUUCGCCCGCUCAGGAGAGCAGGUUUAGGCAAGCGUCUAGCUGUUCCUUGUCCUCUCCCGAGUCCCUUCCCUGCUCCAACAGCGACAACCAUGGAGGCAAACCCGCCCCGUCCCCCUCCGACCAGGCUACUUCUGCCAGCACCAACACAAAUUUCACAGAAAUAGACGAAACCAGCGCGUCUUCGGGAACCGAAGAAGGCACCCAAAUAAACAGCAGCAAUAUUUCCAGGGCACAGACAGAGCCCGUCGCUACAUCCACAGCAGCAACAGAAGGGCAGACACCACAAAUAUUCCCUUGGAUGAGGAAGCUUCACAUUAGCCAUGACAUGACUGGACCAGACGGUAAAAGGGCAAGAACCGCCUACACUCGCUACCAGACCCUAGAAUUGGAAAAGGAAUUUCACUUCAAUAGAUAUCUCACCCGCAGGAGGAGAAUAGAAAUCGCCCAUGCUCUGUGCCUCUCCGAAAGGCAAAUUAAAAUCUGGUUCCAAAACAGAAGAAUGAAAUGGAAGAAAGAUAAUAAACUGAAAAGCAUGAGUGUAGCCUCCGCGGGCAGCGCCUUCCAGCCAUAAAUUAUAGAAAAAGGAGUAUCAAAGAAAGAAAGAAGAGAAGAAAGGGGGUGGGGGGAGAGAGAAGCAGCACCAUAUCUUAGUCUCUGAGUACUGUACAGUAAGGCACCUUUUUUUCGGCAUGUUGUUGAUAUUUUAAACAACUCCUAUGGUACUGUUAUCCCAGGACUGCGCUCCUGUUGUGUUUUUUAUUUUUGUUUUAAUUUUAUUUUUUAAUUAUUAUUAAUUUUUUUAAAUUUCCAGAUGCUCCUCCACGCUCUUGAUGUUCUUAUAAAUGUUUGUGCCAGUGCUAUCUUGAGUCUUUCUGGAAAGCUAGCAUGUUUUAUGUGAGCCCUUUAAAUGUUCUAACUUAUUUAUAAAUUGAUAACAGAUACGGUGGUUUGUUUGGGUUGGUUUUGUUUUUUUUAUCUGAGUUUACAGCUAUUGGGAGGGUGGGGGGAAUUUAUUCUCUGCCUAAGCUAAAGUUGGGAUUCCUGCAC